AUGUUUUCAUUUUUGUUAAGUAUUAUAUAUAAAUUUAAUAAAAAUUUAAUAAUAAAUAAACAAAAAAACUAGGAAGAAGAUUAUAGUUUAUUAACUUAAAACUAAAGAAAAAAAAAAUCAAAAAUACUAAUAUAAUAAUAUAAAUAAUAAACUGAUGGUUUAAAAAUACUAAAUCCAUUAUAAACUUUAGUUAAUUUGUAUAUAGAAGAAAAUAUAUAAUCUAUUUUAUAAUUAUUACAAUAAAGCAGGUUUUUAUUUAUAUUAUUUUUUAAAAAAAAUAACAAAAAAUUAUUUACUGAAAAAAAUAAAAAAAAAAUAUAAAAAAAAAAAAAAAUUAUAAAAAAAAAAAUAAAAAAAAAAAGAAUAAACCCAAAUUUUAUUUAAUAAAAGGAUGAUUGUAGAGAUGAUUUAGAAUUCUAUAUUCCUUAAAUAUGUAUUUUUUUCGUUUUUCAUGAAGAAUUAAACAAUGAAGAAUUAAAGCAAUUUUUAAAAACAGCGGGUAAAAUAGACUUUUAUUUUGCCCAUUUAUUAUAUUUCUAAAUGAAAAGUGUAGCCUAAGUAAAUACAAAAUAAGGAAAAUAGGACUUUCAUCAAGUUUGGUAAGUUUUAGAGGAAUUUUCUGAGUAUUUUACAAUAUUUUAUUAUGGAUAAUAUUUAAUUGCGAGUGAAAUGGUUGAUAAACUUGGAAUGGCAACUAAUUAUAUAAGUCCAAGAAUAAAAAAAUAAAUAAUAGAAAAUAAAGAAAAUCAAUAAAUUAUUAAACAGUAUGGGACUAUAAAUUAAUAAUAAGAAUAAUUUAAUGUAGAUUUUAAAGACAUUGAUUUAAAAAAUUAUUAAUAAUAGAUUAAUUCUAACAAUAUAAAUGAUUAAAAUAGUAUACUUGAUUUCUAAUCUGAUGUAGAUGGAUUUGCAAGCACUAUUAAUUUUUUAAAUGAUCUCAUCAGUAUUUCUUAAAAUCUUAAGUAUUCUAUUGACAAAGUAACAGAUUUAAAAAAUUAGUUAAGAAAAAUUAACGAAUAAUUACCUUCAGCCGUCUAUAUUCCUUUUUUUUCAAAUAGUAUUAGAAAUUAUGUAGUUUUAAAUAUAAAUGUAGAAGAAAGUAAAGUUUUUUCAACAAAAGAAAGAACUCCAUUUUAUUUAUGCCUAGAAAUUUUUAGAUACGAGGAGAUUUUCGAAAACGAUAUAAAUUAAUAAAUAUACGACUCUAGAAUUUCUUAUCCAUUAACAAUUCAUAAGUUUUAAAAUUUAGAUUAAUAAAUAUAAUUAUAAUAAUAAGAUGAUAUAAAACUGACCAAUAAUAAUAUAAUAAAAAAUUCGCAUUUAGUAAAUAAUUUAAAAAGUUUUCACGAGAAACAAAAAGACUUUUUAUUAUAACCAAAUGAAGAUAAUGAAGAUAUAGGUAUAUCUUGUGUAUAUUAAUAAAGCGUACCCCCUUAAAUUUACAAUAAUUUGCCAGAAUUAUUAUAAAAAAAUGAAUCUUUAUCAAAUUUAAAUAUAAAAGAUGAUAAUUAAUUAGCCUAUUCUGAUAAUUAUGAAAAUAAUGAAAGUCAAAAAUAAAAAAACCUUGCGUUUUCCGAAAUAAACUUUCGAAAAAAAAACAACUAAGCAGAUCUUGAAUAACACAAAUAAUUACAAAAUUUUAUUUUUGGCGAAGAAUAAGAUGAAUAAGAGCAAAGGAUUCGUAAAAACUCUCCUUUUGGCAACUUUAAGACUUGGAAAUUAGUCCAUAUUAUAAUAAAGACUGGCGAUAAUUUAAAACAGGAACAAUUUGCCAUUUAACUAAUAAAAUAAUUCGAUUAAAUCUUCAAAUCAGAAAACUUAAACUUUAAACUAACCCCAUACGAAAUUCUUUCUUUAGGCCCUGAAGAAGGGAUAGUCGAGAUGGUCAAAAACUCCAUCACAUUAGACAGUUUAAUGAAAAACAUCCACAAUAAUCUCCCAGGUAUAAUUAACUUAGCCAAUUUCUUCAAACUCUAUUUCGAUUAUGAAUUUAAAAAAGGAUAACACAAUUUCCUCUAUUCCCUAGUAGGUUAUUCUUUAGUCUGUUAUUUCCUCUAAAUAAAAGACAGACAUAACGGAAAUAUACUACUUCAUAAAAAUGGGAAUAUAAUCCAUAUCGAUUUUGGUUUUUUUCUAUCCAAUAGUCCUGGAAAGGGACUUGGAUUCGAACAAAAUGUUCCAUUUAAAUUACUGACAUAAUACGUUGAAGUUUUAGGCGGUUUAAAUAGCGAUUUUUUUUCUAAAUUCAGGAAAUUGUUUUUCAAAGGAUUUUAAGCAGCCUGUAAACAUUAGGAGAAAAUAUUAAUACUAGUCAAAAUGAUGUACAGUGGGCAUGGAUUAACAUUACCUUGUUUUAUUAAAGGAGAAAAAUGCAUUUUUGAUCUACAUGAGAGGUUUAAUCCUAAAAAUGUUUCGAAUGAUGGGGAAUUGAGUGUUUUUUAUUACUACGAAAUAUUGGGAAUUUCUCGUUUAUCAACUGAUUAAGAAAUAAAAGAAGCAUAUAGAAAUUUAGCUUUAAAAUACCAUCCUGAUGUCAGUGCCACAUCUUAAGAAAUCCACGAGCCAUCCGCUUAAAAAUUUUAAGAAAUUGCCGAAGCAUACGCUGUAUUAUCAUAAGAAGAGUCCCGCCGUUCAUAUGAUAUUUUAUAAAAGCCUGCUCCUCACCGUUUAUUUCAUGACCAAAGAACAUUAGAAGAUGAAUUAUUAAGACGCAGAAAUUCAGACGGAAAUGUUUUUAGAUAACCACACAAGAAAGGUUCAUUUGCUGAAGAAAAGCAAAAGAUAUUAGCUGAAGAAAGAGCCAAAUAUAAUGUAGACCAUCUCGGAAGAUAUAAAGGUGGUUUACCUGUAAAAGGAUAAGGAACUACCAGAUAAGGACUUAAAGGAGCUUCUUUAGGUUAACCAGGUGAAUCUCAUGAUGCAUUAAUGCAUUAAUUUUUGAACAUGUCUGGAGAUAUUAUGGAUUAUUAAGAUAUAAGCAUAGAAAGGGCUGAAUAAUUUUCGUAUAAUCACUGGAGAACCGGAUGGAAAUGGUUCAGAAAUAUAUUCUUAUUAACCUUUGGAAUUACAUUUUAUAUUGGAUUGUUUAAUACUUAUAAAAAGAGAAAUUUACAUCACGAAUAUUUGGAUUUUAUUAAAAAAAAUCCAGAUUCAAAUUAACUUGAAACAAAUAAUGGUUUAAGUAAAAUCAAUGUAGUAGAAAGGUAAAAUGGAAUGCUAAUAAUAGAUUUCCCUGGAGAUAAAAAACAUUCACAUCAUUGA